UUGCAUCUCACAGUUUGCAUCUGUGGACUUCGCGUUUCCCACGUGCGUUCGCAAUAGAAUUUAACGCCGGUUUGGUGUGUGGAAAUUCACCGAGAUUAAAAGUUUGGCGAAAGAUUUUUCCAAACUUUUUUCUGCCAAAUUCAGCCGAACAGAAAAUGUGCUUUGAAUUUAUUGAAAGAUAAAAAUGAACCGUGUGAAAAGUUCAUUAAUUUGACAGUUGCGUCGCACCUGUGGAUUCCUUUUCUUUUGAUGGAAACGUGAUUUAAAUGGAUCACGUGAUUGCGGGAAAGAAUUUUACAGAAGUUUUCAGACUGAAUUUUAAAUGAAACUUCAGUGGAUAUGCUGAAUUUUUGUGAAUGAUUAGAAAAUAACUGGUUCUCUAGUUUUCAUUUAAACUAAAACACAGAUUUUUGAAAGUUACUGAAAUGACAUAUUUUGUGCUUUGGAAAUUUUAGGAUGAAAUUAAAAGUAUAUUUCAUGUGAAUCAUAUUUAUAUUUGAAACUGGAUUUUGACUGAAAUGAACACUCUGACUCUGAAAACCUAUUGCUAUCAAAUGGAUUCCCAAGCGUUAACAAAACUCAUUGUGAGGGUCGGACAAGCCAUCUGAAGAUUUGAUUGGUCAAGAAAAUUAUGCGGAGGGGAGUUCAUCUGGAGUACACAGCCAUUCAAAUUUUUCUUCUAGUCAUCCACGCCUCGUGUACAGCCCUUCCAGAGACGUUCGUCGAAGCCCUCGUGGACGGCAGUGCCAAAAUGCCUUGCAAUGUGAUACAGCGGAAAGACGACGGAGUCGAGUUCAUUUUCUGGUACAAGAACGACGGCGUCACGGCUCUCUACACCCUGGACGCACGCGAAAGACACCUGGCGAAUGCCACCCAUAUGCGCAAUGAGACCUACAGUGACAGAGUCCAGUUCCACGUGACAGGGGAUGUACCCUACCUGCAGAUGGAUUAUCUUAGGGAAGAGGACACGGGCUCCUAUUUCUGCAGGGUGGAUUACCAGUGGUCCGCCACUGAGCUCAAGAGAGUCAACUUAGUAGUGGUUGUUCCACCCAAACGGCUGGUCAUUCGUGAUGAUUUGGGUCAAGAAAUUCGUGAUAUCGCAGGGCCUUACAAAGAAAAGUCGGACGUAUCUCUCUAUUGCGAAGCCCAAAAAGGUUUUCCCUCCCCCAAUGUGACUUGGUGGAAGGACAACAAACUGUGGGACAACACUUUCAAGAAGAUCUCCGGCAACGUCGUUAACGAGAUGAGACUCUCUCAGCUCAGCCGCUCAGAGCUUUUCGCUACCUUCCACUGCAAGGCUCAAAACACCAAACUCUCACCCCCAAUCACCAGAACGAUCGUCCUCGAUCUGUACCUAUAUCCAGUGUCAGUGAAGAUCACGAGCAAGAACUCUGCCCUCUCCGCCGGCCACCCUGUGGAAAUCGUUUGCGAAUCCGCCGGGUCCCGGCCGAGUGCCAAGAUCACGUGGUGGCUGAACGGCACCCACUUGUCGGACCACACCGAAACCGUCCACGACAACAUCACUUCCUCCACCCUGCGCCUUCUCCCCAAGCUCCAGCAUCACCGGUCGCCCCUAAUCUGCCGGGCGGACAACCCCAAGCUCUUCAACAGCCACCUGGAGGACGUCAGAUUGCUCAAUGUCACGUACAUACCUCAAGUCUACCUCCGCUUGAUAAAGGAAGAGGCGGAUCGACAGCCGAAGGAGGACGACUUCGUCCGUCUGGUGUGCGAGGUGGACGCCAACCCUCCUGUAUUGAAGGUGGGCUGGCUCUUCAACGAUCUGCCUCUCUCACACAACGAGUCUCGCACGGACAUCGUGAGCGGCAGCACGCUCGUCUUCAAGCGACUCACGCGUCACAACAGGGGACGCUACCGAUGCUACGCCAUCAACGAGGAAGGCAGAGGACUCAGCGACGAGCUCGUCCUCAACAUCAGCCACGCCCCCGUCUGUAAGGAGAACCAGCAAAUCACGUACGUGGUGGGUCUAAAUGAAAGCGUCGUCGUCAGAUGUGAAGUCGAGGCUCAACCCACAGACGUCACCUUUAAAUGGGAAUUCAGCAACACUGUCCACAAGCAUUAUAACUUGCAGCACACCAGCGAAGGAGUGGUCAGCAACGCCACCUACAUGCCCGUCACCCCAGCCGAUUACGGCACUCUCUUCUGCUGGGCAAACAACAGCAUUGGACAUCAACAGUCUUCGUGUUUUUUUACAGUCAUUGCACCAGCCUGCAAGACAGAGAAAUCCAAGUCCAAUGCAUCCAGCUCAUCGAGAGAUGGAUCCGAAGACGUGUGGCAUCAUUCUGCCAUCACCGCCGGCGCUGGUGUGGCAGCGUCCAUUCUCAUCGUGAUCGCUGUCUGCAUCUACUACUUCAGAAGGAUAUACCUGGAGAAGAAGCACAGACCCAUGGGGCAACAAAUCCUGAAUGAAGAAGUAAGCAUCUACAGCAGAGUGCAGUGCCAUAAUACUGGACCUCAGCCUCGCAUUCUAAUAGCCAAAUGAUGAGUAGUUGAUGAACUCCUAGUUUCCAAACUGGAUAUAACAUAAAACUUCGUGCUGUGCUCAAUAAACUCAGUCUGUGAAAGCGAGUGGUGAUUUCACAUCUCCCCUCUACGUGAUUUCAAAGUUAUGAUCGACUUCUACAUGAUUCGGUACGACCUCUACAGUACGUGAUUUCAAAAAGAUUGAAAAAAUAAAAAUAACUGGAAGGAAAACAUUCAAUUUCAAAAAUUCGAACUGAAAUAUAAACUGAAUGUGACCGAGUCAUAAUAAAGCAGAAAUGAGGACUGUUGAACAUUUAUUUGACUUGCUGUAAAGAUUAUGUGUUGAUACGAUAUAUCACUGUAUUUGGACUUAACAAGUUUAUGGUUUUACGAGUCAAAAUAUUAUCUGAAGUUGAGAUAUAUCGUCAUGAGAAGAUUGCAGUUGAGGCGUUGGUACACUAGAGUAUAACAACCCGCAGUUAUCGCAAAAAAGAGUUAAGCAUCCUAUUAAUAAAUAUGUUACAAUAUAUUAAUAAAUAUGUUAUAUCCUAUUAAUAAAUACGUUACAAUACGUGUUUAUUAAGCAUGUUUCUAUUUAGACCGAAAGCAGCAAGCAGUUAAAAAUAAUUUAUAUUUUAACAAUUUUUAAUUUGUUGCGCACUUAAUAGUUUAUAUGAUUAAUAGAUAUUUAGAACGGUGACAGACAUUAUUUACAUCAAUUUUUAAAUUUAAAAAAAAUCAGAAGAAGUACUUCUGCAAUUUUGCGACUGCAUUCGUAAAUGCAGAAGAAAAGAAAUGCUUUUAUCGUUUGUUUUAUAUUUAAUCCUUUCAAGCAACAGUAGAAAAGGAAUUUAUAUUUUAAAAAUCUUUUAAUGCUUUGCUCAAUUAUUUAUUUUAUAAACAUAUUUACGACGGUGACCCACAUUAUUCAUAUCAAUUUUUAAUGUCAAAAAAAUCAGAAAAUAAAGCACUUCCGCCAUUUUAUACAAACAGCACUCACAAUACAGAAGAAAUAAAAUACUUUUAUGGUUUGUUUUAUAUUUAAUCGCUUCAAGCUGCAAUAACAAAAUUAUUUAUAGUGUAACAAUCUUUUAAUUUUUAGGGCAAUUAUUUAUCUGAUAAAUAGAUAUUUACAAAGGCGACCCACAUUAUUCGCAUGAAUUUUUAAAGAAAAAAAAUCACAAAAUAAAGUUUUUCAGCCAUACAGAUUGCACUCAUAUUGUAGAAAAAAUAAAAUACUUUUA